AGCCGCCGCUUGGACAAAACAAAACAAAAAAGGUUUUGUCCCUCAAUUGUACGGAACACAUGGCCCGGAAGGAACAAGAUGUGGAGCACGAGCUGCCGCCGCCGAGGUGCCACCCGCUUCUCCCCGAAGGAUUCCGGCAGCUGAACACACAGGUGGCCGGUCACUCAUUCGAGGCCGCCAACACGGAGGCUGUGGGACUCCUGCAGGAUCCGAGUGGGGGAUGCGUCUUGAAGCCGAUGGGCAAGCCAGAGUGCGGUGAACGGGAGCUGAGAUUUUAUGAAUCACUCGUGGAAGCAGGUGCUUCAGGUGAUAAUGACCUUGCCCUGCUCCGCGGUCACGUCCCCCGGUUUUACGGUCCCCUGAAACUGGUUGUGAAUCAGCGCGAGCGCACGUUCCUUCGUCUGGAAGACCUCACGCUUGGGAUGCUUCAGCCGUGCGUCAUGGACAUUAAAAUGGGCAAACGAACAUGGGACCCGGAGUCCUCGCCCAGGAAAAGGAAACUGGAGGAGGCCAAGUAUGUGAUGUGCAAACAAAAGCUGGGGCUCUGCUUGCCAGGGUUCCAGGUGUACCUCAAGGACGACCAGGAUCCCAGUCGCACGGUGGUUCUGCGACAUGGCAAUGACUACGGCAAGAGCUUGAGUGUGGAGGGCUUCCAGAAGACCAUGGCUCUGUUCUUCAAUGCAAACUCCAGUGAUUUCAGGUCUGCUAGGCCCCAGACAGAGGUGCUGCUGAAGGAAGUGCUGCGCCAGUUGGAACAGAUCCUUACCUGGUUCCGGGGCCAGCGACUGCUGCAUUUCUACGCCAGCUCCCUGCUCAUCUGCUACGACUACUCCAGGCUGGGCAGCUCCGGAAAGUCCCCGCACUUGCUCAACGGACACCACUUCAAGGAAGACAAGCCCUCCGAUUGGGUGAAGGUCAGGAUGAUUGACUUUGCCCACGUCUACCCGGCGGAUAAGGCUCUGCCGGACGAGAACUACAUUUUCGGGCUGAACAGCCUUAUAGCCGUGGUACACGCCAUCCUCCACCAGUUCUGAUCAAAGGACGGGACCAAGACCACUCCGCAGCAGGGGAGACUCCAGAUGUUCCAAUCUCAUUGUUGAGACACUUUUGUAUUAUCGCUUAAGCCAAAAAAGAGUUCACAGUAGAAUCCCACCGACUGGGGGUCGGAUCUACUCUAAAAUCGUAGAAUAAACCGCGUUUUUUAAAAGUGUGAUUAUACUUUUGUAUGGAUUCGGAUUUUCGAAAGGGAGAGAAUCACAAAGCGCCCGAUUUUAUGUUUAUUACCUUGUUUUACUUCCGGCGCUUUACAAAUUAAUGUCAGAUCGUGUACAAACAAAGCACUAACCCUUAGUAUUGAGUUCUUAAGAGAUUGUUAAACUUUUAGAAUACUGAAAGCCCACAAAAUAUAUUUAUGAUUUGAUCAAA